AUGUCCAACUCGGACUCAACAGCGCUCACGAAGCGUAGCGCAUCCAAUGCGCUUAUGCCGCCACCUCCCGCUCCGAAACGAAUAAAGCGCCCUUCGGUAGUUCUAGACGAAGACACCUACGUUUCCGCUGUUUCGCACAUCAUUCGCCGCGACUUCUUCCCAGGACUUGCAGAAGCCGACGCACAACGAGAGUACCUGAACGCUGUGGAGAGCAAAGAUCGGUCAUGGAUCAGAGAAGCCGGCAAGAAGCUCACACAGGUCAUGACUCCAGUGCCGAGCGGGCAAAGAAAGAUGGCAGCAAGAACGAGGCUCGACAAGACAGGCGGAGCUGGUGAUAAGACUCCAAGUGUAUGGGGUGCGGAUACACCUGUUACAGUCGCCGGGACAGAUAUCGAAGACGACGACGAAGGCCUGGGCAAAUUAGACAAUGUCGAUCUGAACAUGAGUUUGGGCGCAUUCCAAGCAAAAUACACGAGCGAAGACCAGGAAAGCUUCAGUCAAAUCAUUGACAAGCAGAACAAGACAAGGUUUGAGAAGAACGUCUGGCUACGAGAAGGAAACAUGUACGCGAGCAAACAGCGCAUAGCACAACAGAAAGUCAUCCAAGCCAGAGCCGCUGCGUCCGAAGGCAAGGAAUUAGUACUCAGCACACGACCGAGCCAGAACCUCGACGACCGGCCCGCAGCGCCCACAGGGCACAAACACACCGCUAUCAACAGCCUCAUGUUCGGCCCCGACAGCGUAGAACAAUGGGCACCGACUCGCGCACAACAAGCAGAAAACACCUCCCUCGCACCCCCAAAGAAAGUCCUCUACAACAACACCCGUCUCCCCGCCCCCGAAGCCGACCCUCCUCGUCCCUCUAGCCCCACACUCUCAGCUGUUCGCGACGCUGUCGCAGGACGUCCGCGUCUCAAUCCCAGCGAGGGAGGUUAUACAGGUAGCGAAACACCCAGAGUGAAUGGCUAUGCUUUCGUCGACGCGCAACCCCCUUCUCCAUCCGAUGAAGACGACGACGCACCGACCGACCUCCUAGAACGCUACGGUUUAGAUAGCAGCAACAAAGCCAUACCCUUCACCAUCAACGACUCGUCGUCGCGCGAGAAAAUGCAUCAUAGAAUGGUCGAGCAGAUUGGUGCUAAGCGGUCCAAUGCCGACAAACAAGUGAAGCCGACAGGCUCGGGCUUGGGCAUCUUCACAAGCGAGACGCCUCGGUUUUUAAGUGCGCCAACGCCGAGGAGAGGGCCUAUUGCUGCUGGCGGAAUGACACCAGGGAGGAAAGCGAAGGGAGAUUUGACGCCCGCUGCUCAGAGACUUUUUGACAGGAUGGGAGGGGCGACACCGAGAGGUGGGGGGAGUGCUGGGUUUGGUGGCGAGGGCAAGGGAGGAUCUGGGUUAGGACGAGAGUGGACGCCUACGCCUAGGGUGAAGAGGAGGGCGUAG